CGGACAGCUCAAACUGGGGGCUAAGCGUUCUUGCAGUCUCUCUAUAUAACAAGCCACUCUAAAUCUCAAACCAAAGCUUCCCUUCUUCCCGGUUUCCUCCGUUUUUCCUUUCAAUUUUAUACCUCCCUUUAUUGUAAAUCUUCUUCAUUCUCUGUAAUUUUAUAGGAUUAGGGUUUUGUUAUUGUACAAUUCUUAGUGCUUACUCGGGUUUCCUUUUUUUUUUUUUUUUUUUUUUUUUUUUCUUUUUUCUUUUCCUUGUAAUCUACAUGUUGCUUUUGCGCGAACUAGUUGCUGGUAGGAAGAAAUCAAGGAAAGUUAUUGAGAUCUUUUGUUUUCUUAUUUUGUCAAUUUCUUUCCGUUUGUAUCGAUGAUGUAAUUAUACAGAAAUUAGAAUUUUGAUUAGUUUUAGGAAGGAUUAGGGUUUUGGUUUGCUAAUGGAAAUGGAGAGCUCGCGGAGACCUUUCGAUCGAACUAGGGAACCGGGUUUGAAGAAGCCCCGACUCGCCGAUGAGGCUGACCGCGGUGCCAAUAUUAAUGGCCGGCCGUUUCCGCAGAGACCAGUUGUGUCCGGGAAUAAUAUUGUGCAACAACCCAGAUUUCGAGCAAGUGAUAGGGAUUCGGGAAGUAGUGAUUCUGGUCGAGGGGGGUAUCAGCCUCAGCCACCGCAGCAUCAGGAGCUUGUGAGUCAGUACAGGACCGCCCUUGCUGAGCUGACUUUCAAUUCCAAACCAAUCAUCACCAAUUUGACCAUAAUCGCGGGUGAAAAUCUUCAGGCUGCCAAGGCGAUCUCUACCACCAUUUACGCCAACAUUCUCGAGGUUCCUAGCGAGCAGAAGCUACCGUCACUUUAUCUACUGGACAGUAUUGUAAAGAAUAUUGGAAGAGAUUACAUAAAAUACUUUGCAGCAAGACUGCCGGAGGUAUUCUGCAAAGCUUAUAGGCAGGUUGACCCUUCUGUACAUCCAAGUAUGAGACAUCUUUUUGGCACCUGGAAAGGAGUGUUUCCUCUUCAAACUCUGCAGAUUAUUGAGAAAGAACUUGGAUUCGUGCCUACUGGUAGUUCUUCUUCUGUGGCCAUAAACUCGAAGCCAGAUUUGCAGGCACAACGUCCAACUCCCCACAGUAUCCACGUAAAUCCAAAGUAUAUAGAGCGACAACGGCUUCAGCAGUCAGGCAGGGUGAAAGGAAUGCCUACUGAUGCUACUGGCGGUUCAACAAAUGUAAGUCAGGAUGUUGCUCAAGCUAAAAUUAGUACUGGACGUCCAUGGGCGGAUGCUCCUAUUAAGGUGCUUGACAUUCAGCGUCCCCUUAGAGAUGCACCAAAUGAUAUGGCACAAGAGAAGAACGUCACAGCUGGAUACUCAGACUACGAAUAUGGUUCUGAUCUUUCAAGGACAUCAAGUGUCGGAAGAAGAGUCGUUGAUGAAGGGCGAGACAAACCUUGGCCUUCAGCUGGAAGCAAUUUGUCUGAGAAACUAUCUGGGCAAAGAAAUGGGUUCAAUAUCAAGCUUGGAUAUGAAAAUUACUCUGCACCCAAGUCUACAAACACUGGUGCACGUUUACUGCCUGUGCAAAAUUUUUCGAGCAGCAGCAACAACAGAGUAUUGUCUACUAACUGGAAGAACUCUGAGGAAGAGGAGUUUAUGUGGGGUGACAUGAACUCUAUGUUGACAGGUCAUGGUGCACCUGCUAUCAACAGUAGCACUGGAAAAGACCAAUGGACUCCUGAGGAUUCGGAUAAUUCGGGUAUUGACAAUAAGCAUUUAAGCGUACGGGAUACUGGGGCAAGUGUUGAUAGAGAAGCUUCCAGUGAUUCUCAGUCAUCUGAGCAGAGAGAACUGGGGGAUUCUGGACAGCAAAGGUCAUCAACGUGGCAACUGCAGGAGUCAAUAUCUCUGGAUGGGCUGAGAGCUGGGGUUCCUAGAAAGAAUUCAGGUCAGUCAGGAGGUUAUGGUGCUACUCUCACUGCACUGUCAGGUACAAACUCUUCUGUGGAUCAAAUGGGAGGUCGACCACAGAUCACACCAUCUAAUAUUGGGGCUUCAGGACAUGGGUUUCUGAAUAAAGGAGGUUCAGGGCCCCUUGGGAAUGUAGGCCAUCAAAGAUUUCCAUCACGAAGUGUUGCAUUCCCAUCUGGACAGCCACCCUUGCACCAACGCUCACCUUCACAAUUGUUAGUGGAUCAUGUUCCUCAUCAAAUACAUGACCAGAAAACAACUUCAUUUUCUAAUCUUGAUCCACGUAAAAGGCAUAUGCAGGAUGCUGCCCUUGGCCUGCAUCCCAGCGUUCGACCAGAUAAUCAUCAAAAGCCACAGACUCAUGACCUACGAGCUUUAGCUUCAUCCAUACCCGGGUCUCAACCAAGGCACCAGUUCUCUUUAUCUGAGUCACUAAAACCUGAUGUCACGCAGUCAGAACUUUCUAGUCAGCUUGCAGUAUCAAUUCCAGGCACUGAUUUUGGACCAUCAUCAUCAGCUGGGACAGUUCCAGAUCGAUUACCUGCAGAAAUUUUGGGAAACCCAAGCACAAGUAGUUUGUUGGCUGCUGUAAUGAAGAGUGGACUUUUUUCCAACCAUUCAAUAACCAGUAACAUGCAGCAGAAUCUCAGCUUCCAAGAUGUGGGAAAUAUGAAACCCCGUUCAAGCAUUAAACCCCCUCUACCAAACCGGUCUUCUCCUGCCCAUACAUUCUCGGAGCCAAAGAUUCAGGGAGAAUCUUCAGUAGGUCCUCCAUCAGUUGAAAGCCCAUCAACUAUGGUUAAGUUGUCUCGGACAAAGGUAGAAGAACCAUCAUUGCCGUCUGAUCCACUUCCACCUUCAUCUCCUAUGGAUAGUGCAUCUACUGAAACUUCACAUGUGGUAAAUGAUGCUUCUAGUCCAAUUUCUAACCUUUUGAGCUCAUUGGUUGCAAAGGGGCUUAUAUCUGCUUCAAAAGGAGAAUCAACAAAUAGCGUGACAUCCCAAAUGCCUUCACAGCCUGAAAAUUUGAAGUCAGGUGAUGCUGUGACUAGUUCUGUACCAGUUCCUUCCAUUGCUGUUUCCUCUUCCUGUCACUCAUCUACGAAACUCGAAUCACCUUUAAAAGCUGCUGCUAAGAGCUCUACUAGUCCACCUCCGUCGGCCACAACUGAGAUAAACAACCUCAUAGGCUUUGAGUUUAGUUCACAUGUUAUUCGCAAAUUUCAUCCAUCUGUGAUCAGUGGACUCUUUGACGAUAUUCCAUAUCAAUGUAAGAUCUGUGGUCUUAGACUGAAAUGUGAAGAACAGUUGGAUACUCACUCACGGUGGCACACAUUAAGAACUGAGGCAAACAAUUCAAGUACAGCACCAAGAAGAUGGUAUCCAUGUUCAGAUGAUUGGAUUUCUGGAAAUGCUAGAUUUCUACUUGAUGCUGAAACUUCUCUGGAUGAAUCUGAUUUGAUGGAAGAAGAUAAUGAGCCAAUGGUUCCUGCUGAUGAAGAUCAAUUUGCAUGUGUUAUAUGUGGUGAACUUUUUGAAGAUUUUUAUAGUCAAGAGUUGGGUAAUUGGAUGUACAAAGGAGCAACGUAUAUCACCAUCCCAUCAGUGGGUAGCGAGGUUGGAGGUACAAAUGAACAAGUUGCUAAAGGACCUAUUGUACACACAACUUGUUUAACGGAAAGUUCAGUAUAUGACGUGGGACUGGCAACUGAUAUUAAGAUGGAAAUGGAUGUAUGAUGCUUCCCCUACAAAGCGUCAUGUCGGAACUACACUGGCAGACAUUCUACUCGUGCAAUUGGCGGGGGGAUGAAAAAGGGAGUAUGGAUAUGAGUGCGUCACUCAUGGUAGUUCGGUUGAUUACCAAAGGAGAUAAUAGGGAGUGGUAGCUCUAUACUGGUAUUUUCUAGCUUCCAGAUUCCUUUUUGUUUUCUUUUUGUUUCUUUUUUUCUUCUAAAGAUAUAUAGUUGAGAAUACAUCAAUGCAAUGAUCAUUUUCAUUCAGAUCUUUACCAUCUUGUUUUCUCAGCAAAUUUUCACUUAACACCAAAUAUAUCUGUUGAUGAUAUAAAUGAGGCAGUGCAGUCCAAGUCCUGGCCGCUUGGCAUCUCUAUAUCCGCAAGCCUUUGUAUUAUCAAAAAUCGAUCAUACUAGCGUGGUUAUGUUCACCAUCAUCUUUUCUCCUUGUAUUUUUUGCCUUCAAUUUAGCUAUGGAUACAUAUCAUGUUAGACAGCAAGGGAGAGUUGUUUAAGAUUCUCUUAGCUUUUUGAGAAGGGUUGUUCACUUAUCUUGCGGGUCUGGUCUGGAUAUGACUAUAAUGAUGAUGUUGGAUUUUGCUUCUUUUUGCUUCUA